AGAACAUCGGGCCCACAUUGCGAAGAUCUCCAAUUAGCGCUAAAAUUUGUUCAAAAUUAUAUUCGACGAAGGAAGAGUAAUCAGCGCCCUUAAAGCAUAUCGGAUAUCGAAUAUCGAAAUUCGUGAGAAGACUAUCGAUGUAUCAAGCUAUCUAUUAGUCUGGCCACGCUCUAGCAAAAAAAAGCAGCUCUGCCAAAGCAACUCUGGUUUACUGUUGAUACCGAUAACAAUUGCGCUGACUCACACGCUCCCAUCACCAGCUCUCCACCAUUUUCCCGUGUGGCUCGUUUUCGCCGUUGGUGUGGAUAAGACACGCGUCUGAAAGCAUAGAAAAACGCGAAAGCGUAUAAAAAAACAAAAAAACCCAUACAUUUUAAGCAUAAGAACAAUUACAGCUUGUGAUUGUAAACAGGCACAAGUAGGCCUUGCAGCAAAUACGAACAAUAUAAUAAUCCCUAUUGAUCGAAAGAAUCGAGUGUGAAAAAAGUACAACCUCUCUCACCACAUAAGAACGUAGUAGCUUGUGGAACGUAAGAAGUUCGAAAAAAAAGAAGAAAAACUAAAGAAAAACGUAUAGACACGAAGUGCAACAACACAAAAAAAAUACACACAAAAGAAAGAAAAACAACAUUUACAUCGAUUAUAUUAUUACCUUUUUUUUUCGUCGAAAAUUGCAAGUGUGCGCAAAAUCUGAGAAUAAUUGCAAAAAUUUUCCUAAACGGAAAGAAAGAAAAAACCAGCAAGUGAUUGGAGGAUAAUAUGAGUAAUGCUAUUAACCAAAAUGGCACAGGUCUAGAGCAGCAAGUUGCUGGUCUGGACUUGAAUGGCGGCUCGGCUAACUAUAGCGGCCCCAUAACAAGCAAGACUCCCAAUAAUUCGGUCACCGGUGGCGUUUAUGUGCCCCCGCAUCUUCGAGGUGUUGGUGGCAACAACAACGCGGACUUAGACAAUCAGGGCCAGGGCUUUGAUUCAGCAGGUGCCGCACCGCGUCUCGACAGCACCAGGGACCAGCAGCAGCAAUCGCAGCAGCAGCAGCGCAACCCCGAUUAUCGCAGAGGCGAUCGCGGCGGCAGUCGCGGCUACAAUCGCCAGAGCGGCGACUACGGAAGUUUUGGCAGCGGCGGUGGCGGCGGCGGAGGUAGACGUGGUGGCAGCAAUCGCUACGAGGACAACUACAACGGUGGUGAAUUCGGAGGCCGUGGCGGCGACUGGAAUCGCGGCGGUGGACGUAACUUUGGCGAUCGACGCGGGCCAUCGUAUCGCGGCGGUGGUGGAGGCAACGGCCUCAACGAUCAGCCGGAGGAUGCACAGCAGCCACGCAAUGAUCGCUGGCAGGAGCCGGAGCGUCCGCUCGGCUACGAGGGCGGCUCAUCAACUGAAGGUGGACCCGGCGGCGCACCCGGUGGCGGUGGCAACAGAAGCUACAGCAAUCGCGGCGGCAGCGGUGGCUACAAUAAUCGCUGGAAGGAGGGUGGAGGCGGCAGCGGUGGCGGCAACACCGAUUACACAAAAUUGCUGGCACGCGACGAGCGUCUGGAGACGGAGCUAUUCGGCGUGGGCAAUACGGGCAUCAAUUUUGACAAAUACGAGGAUAUACCCGUGGAGGCGACGGGCCAAAAUGUGCCCCCGCAUAUCACAUCCUUCGAUGAUGUGCAGCUGACGGAGAUCAUACGUAACAAUGUGAAUCUGGCGCGUUAUGACAAACCGACGCCGGUGCAAAAAUACGCAAUACCCAUCAUAAUCAGCGGACGCGAUCUGAUGGCCUGCGCCCAGACUGGGUCUGGUAAAACGGCAGCGUUUCUGGUGCCCAUCCUCAAUCAGAUGUAUGAGCAUGGCCUGUCGGCACCGCCGCAAAACAAUCGCCAAUACAGUCGUCGCAAACAGUUUCCGCUCGGUCUGGUGCUGGCGCCGACCCGCGAACUUGCCACCCAAAUAUUCGAGGAGGCCAAAAAGUUCGCCUAUCGCUCCCGUAUGCGUCCCGCUGUCCUCUAUGGCGGUAACAAUACCAGCGAACAGAUGCGUGAAUUGGAUCGUGGUUGUCAUUUGAUUGUCGCAACACCGGGUCGCUUGGAGGAUAUGAUAACCCGUGGCAAAGUCGGACUGGAGAAUAUACGUUUCUUGGUCCUCGAUGAGGCUGAUCGCAUGUUGGACAUGGGUUUCGAGCCGCAAAUUCGUCGCAUUGUCGAGCAGCUGAAUAUGCCGCCGACGGGUCAGCGACAGACAUUGAUGUUCUCGGCCACAUUCCCCAAACAGAUCCAGGAGUUGGCCAGUGAUUUUCUCAGCAAUUAUAUAUUCUUGGCUGUUGGCCGUGUCGGUUCCACAUCGGAGAACAUAACGCAAACGUUGCUUUGGGUCUAUGAUCAGGAUAAACGUUCGUAUUUGCUCGAUUUGCUGUCAUCGAUACGCGAUGGACCCGAAUACUCCAAGGAUAAUUUAACAUUAAUUUUUGUGGAGACAAAAAAGGGUGCCGAUUCGCUCGAGGAGUUCCUGUAUCAGUGCAAUCAUCCGGUGACGAGCAUUCACGGUGAUCGCACCCAAAAGGAAAGAGAGGAGGCGUUGCGUUGUUUCCGUUCCGGUGAUUGCCCCAUUUUGGUUGCCACCGCUGUGGCGGCACGUGGCCUCGACAUUCCGCAUGUGACGCAUGUGAUUAACUUUGAUCUGCCCACCGAUGUCGAGGAGUAUGUCCAUCGCAUCGGACGUACCGGUCGCAUGGGUAACCUGGGUGUGGCCACCUCCUUUUUCAAUGAUAAGAAUCGCAACAUUUGCUCCGAUCUGCUCGAGCUGCUCAUCGAGACGAAGCAGGAGAUACCCGGCUUCCUCGAGGAGAUGCUCAGCUCCGAUCGUGGACAUGGCGGCGCCAAGCGACGUGGCGGCGGCGGCGCUGGCGCACGCUACGGCGGUGGCUUUGGCUCACGCGAUUAUCGUACCAGUUCCGGCGGCGGCGGUGGCGGUGGACGCAGCAUGGGCAGCGGUGGAGGCGGCGGCGGCAAUCGUGGCAGCAGCUCGGGCGGCGGUGGUGGCAACUAUCGCAGCAAUGGCAAUUCGUAUGGUGGCAGCAGCUCGGGUGGAGGCUCCUAUGGCGGCGGCUCGUAUGGUGGAUCCUAUGGCGGCGGCGGCGGUGGCUCCCACUCCAACGGACCGGACUGGUGGGGUCAAUGAGAAAGAUUGGCCAGAAGCCGCCAAACAAACGCUCGUCAACAGCAGCAGCAGCAGCAACAACAACAACAACAGCAGAAACAACAUCAAAAAAUAAGUCCGACUUUUGUCAUUAAUUAAAAACCGUAAAAAGCAACAGAGAAGAAAGAAAAGCUGCUGGUUGUGGAGGAUGAGCGAAACGCGAUCGAUCGAUUGAUUAACAACUUUAUUAUAUUUGCAUAUUAUAUGUAUCAUAUAUAUGAUCUAUGUGUAUGUAUAUAUAUAUAUGCAUAUACACAUAUAUAUACAUGUAUAUAUAUAUAUAUGUAUGGGGGCAGAGAGUGUGAAAGAGAAACUGUCUGUGCGCAGCGCAACACUCAAAAACAAACAAACACACAUACCAACACACAUGCACCCACACACACACACAUUUACAAUAGCAAGCAUUACAGAUAUAUAUAUAUAUAUAAAGAAAAUAAAAUAAAAAUUGUUUAAAAAUAAUAACUGACAAAUAUACAGAAAAGAAAAAGGAAUCAAGAAAUAUGCAUAGAUAUGCUGAUGGAAUAGCAACAAGAUUACAACAUCAAAUUGUAGUUUAUAAAACAAAAAGAACACACAAACAAACAACACACAAGCGAAAUAACUAAUAAAUAGGCUCAUAUUAAUAAUAAUAUAAAUAUAUAUAUAUAUAUAUAUAUAUAUACAUCUAUAUAUAUAUAUAUGCUAGAGCAAAGCAAAUGAGAUAAUUAAGGAUUUAUAUAAGGGCAACUUAUGAAUUUGUGUCCAUUAAAAGUAAAAAUCUACUUUUACUGCCCCCGAGCCCCCGCCCCGCCCACUCACUCCCCCUCUCGCAUAUUUUCUCUUUCAAAUAUUGAAAUCGAUAUAUAUAAACAAGAAAACAAGAAAAACAAAACUUAAAGCGAUUAACAAUUGAGAUAUAAAGCAUAAACUUCAAUUGAUGAUUUUAAAGAAAAAAAGAAUAACUAGUAAAGUUAUAUAUACAUACAUAUAUAC